UCCGCUUCCGGCGCGGCCGCAGCGCGGCCGGAAGUGCGGGUGGGAGCGGUGCCGCCAUCAUGGCCGACAAGAUGGACAUGUCCCUGGACGACAUCAUUAAGCUGAACCGGAGCCAGCGUGGGGCCAGCCGGGGUGGCCGAGGCGGCCGGGGCCGGGGCGGCACCGCACGCGGGGGCGGGCCCGGCCGGGGCGGCGUGGGCGGCGGGCGCGCGGGCGGCGGCCCCGUGCGGAACCGGCCGGUGAUGGCCCGGGGCGGCGGCAGGAACCGGCCCGCGCCCUACAGCCGGCCAAAGCAACUCCCCGAGAAGUGGCAGCACGACCUGUUCGACAGCGGCUUCGGGGCGGGGGCCGGCGUGGAGACCGGUGGAAAAUUGCUCGUCUCCAACCUGGACUUCGGCGUUUCGGAUGCGGACAUCCAGGAGCUCUUUGCGGAGUUUGGGACCUUGAAGAAGGCAGCUGUGCACUAUGACAGAUCUGGUCGCAGUCUAGGAACGGCAGACGUGCAUUUUGAGAGAAAGGCUGAUGCUCUGAAGGCAAUGAAGCAGUACAAUGGGGUGCCCUUGGAUGGGCGCCCCAUGAACAUCCAGCUGGUGACGUCACAGAUCGACACGCAGCGGAGACCAGCACAGAGUGUAAACAGAGGUGGCAUGACCAGAAACCGCGGGGUCUCGGGGGGAUUUGGAGGUGGAGGCAACAGGCGAGGGACUCGUGGCGGGAACAGAGGGAGAGGCAGAGGAGCUGGAAGAACUUCCAAACAACAGCUCUCUGCAGAAGAACUAGAUGCACAGCUGGAUGCUUACAAUGCCAGGGUAAGUGCUGCUUGGGCACAGUCAGGGGCUCUCCACAGCAUCUCCAUCCUACAGCUGACAGAAAAGGGAAAGCAUUUUCCAGGUCCUUGGACUGAAGCAGUCUGUCUCUGAAGCUGAGUUGUGCUUUGGCUUGGGCCUCAGCUUUGCUUUUCAGAGUACUUUGUGACCUGUUCCUGAUAGCUGAGGAACAGCCUCUGCUCUUGCCAGGUUCCAUAGCUGGAACAGCCAUUAUGAGCAGCAGCUGCAGAACAAAACUCACAGAGCUGAUAGGUUGUAGGAAUGGGAGAACAGAAAGGAAAAUCUCAUGUGGAAGAACUGUGUGGUGUGCUGCUGGCGCAAGGGUGUAAUGUUGGUGGCAGAAAUGAGCCCUGGCCUGGGGAACCAUGGGCAGGUUGCAGCUGUACCUGGAACUUGCUCAGCCUGUGCCAUAGCUGGGUUAGGAUCCCAACAAAGCUGAGGCCACAAGGACACCACAGCAGUGGAGCUGGUAGUUCAGGAUCAGGAUAGGUCAGGGCAAGAGCGUGCAAGAAGCAGGACAAGCAGGAGUCUAGAAGAGGCCUUGGCACAGUGUGGGGGUGUGGUCUGUUAUCCUGCUCAGCAUGGUGUGCUGUGGCCUGGACCCUCCUGUCCCUGUCCCUCAGCGCUGGGGGGUUCACCAGGGCCAGGCUGUCUGCCAAGAAGUGGGUAGGCUCGGGGCAGGGGGGUGCUACAAGGUGCCAGGGCUGCUGCAAGGUACAUGAUGUCAGUUCCUCCCCUCU